ACUCGUAUUUCUCGCCUCCGCCGGCGAACAGCUUUCACAUCUCUCAUCUCUCUCUCUCCCUUCGCGUGUUCUAAUUUGUACCACAAAACCCUAAUUUACUUAAACCCUAAAAUUCGUGCAACCCUUUAAACAAUUGCUUCAAUUUCAUCUUCGAUUCCGAAUCUCUCAUCCACCACAGCUACAUUCCACGUUUCGAAAUCUCGUUUUUUCAAAUCGACUCGCUGACUCGUGAGUUGACUCGUAAGCUCUAAAUUUGUUUUUUGCUUUUAGAAAUCUAUUUAACGAUGACGCGAUAUGGAAGAAACUAGAGGAAUCCCUGAUCCGGAGAAUGGGAGUUCGAGUUACGGCGGUAAACCGCCGAAUCCUCUCUCCUUCUCUUCUUCCUCCGCCGCCGUCUACAGGCAAAGCUUCGACGGUGAGCGAUCGUUGGCUCCGUGUAAUAAGAGGUCGCUUGUUCGACACCCAUCUCUCGUGAAGACGAAGGUGUCAGAUAUAUCUGUUGAGAAUGAGUUUACUUUAGAGAAGAAUAACUCUGAGUUUGUUCCUGCUAUGCGUUCUGGAGCUUGGUCUGAUAUUGGCUCCAGGUCUAGCAUGGAAGAUGCUUAUCUAUGUCUUGAUAAUUUCAUGGAUAGCUUUGGACUUCAGAGCUCUGAGGCUGGUCCAAGUGCCUUCUAUGGGGUGUUUGAUGGACAUGGUGGGAAGCAUGCAGCUGAUUUUGCAUGUCACCAUAUACCGAGGUACAUUGUCGAGGAUCAAGAGUUUCCUAGUGAAAUCAAUAAGGUGAUGUCUUCAGCAUUUCUUCAAACAGACACUGCCUUCUCAGAGGCUUGUUCAUUGGAUGGGGGACUUGCUUCAGGAACUACUGCUUUGGCAGCUAUUCUUUCUGGGAGGUUGUUGGUGGUAGCAAAUGCUGGAGACUGUAGAGCAGUCUUAUCCCGUCAAGGAAAAGCCAUUGAACUGUCAAGAGACCACAAACCCAUGAGCAGUAAGGAGAGAAGACGCAUUGAGGCAUCGGGUGGAUAUAUAUACGACGGCUAUCUAAAUGGGCAACUUAAUGUGGCUAGAGCGCUUGGGGACUUUCAUAUUGAAGGCAUGAAGAAGAAGAAAGACGGUUCUGGCAGUGGACCUCUCAUCGCAGAGCCUGAGCUCAUGACAACUAAACUAACCGAAGAGGACGAGUUCCUAAUAAUUGGGUGUGAUGGGGUUUGGGAUGUGUUCAUGAGCCAGAAUGCCAUAGAUUUUGCUAGAAGGAGACUACAGGAGCACAAUGACCCGCUCAUGUGUAGUAAAGAGUUAGUAGAGGAAGCUAUAAAGAGGAAGAGUGGGGAUAACGUGACUGCGGUGGUUGUGUGUCUUCAGCCACAACCACCACCGAACUUGGUUGCGCCGAGGUUGAGGGUUCACCGUAGCUUCUCAGCUGAGGGUUUAAAAGAUUUACAGAGCUUCUUGGAUGGCUUGGGGGACUAAUUGGGUGACCUGGGGUCCUGAAGAUGGUGACGAAUGAUUGUUUUGUUUUUGUUAUUUUCUUACAAUUUAUAGUUUGGGUUUCAGAGGUUUUGUUUUGUUACUUUCUUGCAAAUUGAGUAAACUUAUAACAUGAAGCGGCAUACAAUAAUUUAUUGUUUGGUAGGAUAUAUUUAUUCUCACUUUUGCUUAAUAAUAUUUCUGCUUCUUCAGUCUC